AUGAGCAAUGAUCUCAAAUCUGCCUUGACACACGCUCCUUGUCAAUCGGCUUCACCUUCGCCUUCUCCGAAUCUUCUUCCGACCCCUGAUACAGCCAGCCUCGCCUCCAAUCGAUCGUGUUCAGGCGUCUCUUCUGUGUCAAGCUCCUCCUCGUCCUCCAAUGCCUCUUCCGCUUCUCGAACCAGUGCGGCUGCUCGGCGGCGUGGAUAUCUACGUCCCCAAGGAGGCUCUUUUGCCGAGUCAGCUAAGAACAGGGAAAGUGUCAUGAGCUUGGGCAGUAUCGCGCAUUUGCAAUAUUAUUUCGCUCGGACGGGUCUUUUGGAUGGCAAGGGGGGUCAACUAGCCAAGAAGAAGCAGAACGGAGAGUAUGACAUUCCCAAGUUGUCUUUAGCUGCAAGUCGGAGUAUCGUCGAGUCUCCCAUUGAAGAUGAGGCCCAAGCUUUGUGGGAAGCUGCGCAGGAAGAUGGUACCGAAGUGAUGUUGCCUCCCACAGUGUCGACAUACAGUCAUCGCUCGGAUUUCGUGGCUCCACCUCCGGACCAGAAAACAAUGAAGAGGGAAUUGGUGGAAGCGUUGGAAAAUGCUCUCCAGGCCGUGGAAUCAUGCGAGAAGGUUGCAAAGGAAGACCCGGAAGAACAAAGCCAAGGUUUUUAUCAGAUACAAGGCCUCCAUGUCCUGGACACCACCACUCAAGCGAUCCGUGCCGCAAGACUCUAUUACACUCUACAUCCCAACCCCCAGCGGCUGAACUCAAUACGAUCAGACCAGGAUUUGCGCAGAGACCUUUAUUCUGUCCUCGAUGUGCUGAAGAAAUGUGCAUCCCGCAACUUCGCAGGAGGGUUUCGGGAAGAUGAAAGAUUGGCGAUUCUAGUCUGGGUCAGCGAUAUGGGCAUGAUGGUUGACCGAGAAGCAAAGCUUGAAGACGCAGAUCGGUAUGAGCGGAAGGAUUGGCACUGGAUGAACGACUCCAACUGGGCCGACCGGGAGAAGGAACGUGACAUCAACUUUCUCGACUUUCUGCUGAAAGGACAGUGUCAGGCGCCGUGGAAUCAGCAGGAUGCCCCUCCAGACUACUUCCGGAAUCUAGCCGAUGGGAAAGACCUUGUCCGUAUGCAUAACGCGGCCGUGACUCGGUCCAAGAAGCAUUUCGAUUAUAUCAAAGGCUUUCACGAGGAUGUCGCAAAACCAUAUCGACGUGCUGACAAUCUCCGAUACUGGCUCAAGGCUGCGGAGUUGAGAUGGGAGCUUCGACUUCGGCUGGACGUGAUGGCUGUUGCCACUCCCGUGGACACCACCGCCACCUGGUUGUCCUUUGAAGGGGCUGUUCGACAAUGGAGCCGGGGAGUUCGUGCUGAACUUGCCAAAGACUGGAGUGGUGAGGAAGAACGGAAAUUACAUGCUCGCGCACGCAGCCUGGCACUGGCCAGUCCUUUGUCCAGUCCGGCCAGGAAAGCCUCGCCAACUCCCGCUCUUCCCAGUCCUUCCAAAAGAAUAGCAGUCGCUCCGAGCCCUCUGGGGAGUCCUUCAAAGGAUACCAGUACAUCCAGCCCACCAGAGAGUCCCACUCCGGGGCGAGCGCUCAGCAUCUGUGACGAAGAGUCUUGA